AUGAAGUUCACCGUGUUUGCCUCUGUGCUCGCAUUCGCCGGGCUUGCUGCAGCAUGCACACCGCCUUCGACCACCAACUGUGGCGGCAACGUGUACACCAGCGACGACAUCAACACUGCCAUCCAGGCCGGUCUCGACGACGCCGCCUCCGGUGACCGUCCCGAUAACUACCCCCACUCGUACUACGUGGAGGCAUCCGAGGGUAUCGAGCUUUGCUGCAGCAGCAGCGGGCCUUACAGCGAGUUCCCACUCGUAUACAACGGUCCUUACUACUCGUCGAGCGGCAACUAUGUGUCGCCUGGGCCCGAUCGAGUGAUCUACGCCACAAAUUCUGGAGAGUACUGCGCUACGGUUACGUAUGUAUCGACUUCCUCGCGAGUUAAGACGGACAGAGAAAGGUAUGCUGACGAACAACUCCCGAAUGCUACGCUUGACAGCCACACCGGCGCGGCCAGCUACAAUGGCUUUACUCAGUGCUCGUGA